CGUCCCCUGAUUAAUGAUUUCCAAGCCUCGCCAAAAUCACAAAUUACUCCGGAUACAAUGUCAAAACAUUUACAUUUGUCAAAAUAAAUAAAAAUAUCAAAACUAGAAAAAUCGGAUACGUGGAUAGUCUUUCCCUGGUUACUUUCGCAAAAUGAACGAGGCGGAUAUCCCCAUCGACAUUCAUGCUGGCAAGUUACAGGACUGGUUGGUAUCACGACGGAUUGUAAACAAAAAUUGGUCCCUACAUGUCCGCGAUGUCCGUAGCAAAAUCAGCAAUGCAUUAACUGAUAUGCCUGCGCACGAUGGCCUUGUGCAGCUACUUAAAGGAGCUCACAUAAACUACUUUCACUGCCAGCAGAUAAUUGAUAUCCUUAAAACGACAGAGGCAGAUUCCAAGAACGUAUUCGGAUUCUAUGGAAGCCAACGUAUGAAGGACUGGCAAGAGAUCUUAAAACUGUACGAAAAGGAUAGUUUGUACUUGGCGGAAGCGGCACAGAUAUUAGUUCGCAACAUCAAUUAUGAAGUUCCGGGAAUUCGUAAGCAGAUUAAACAUUUCGAACAGUUGAGCGAUGAAGCAGAGAAAAAAAUUAAUGAUUUAAAGCGGUCGGAAAAUGUGGUUAUGGGAGAGUAUCACGCAUUGUGCAAACAGUUGGGCAUUGCCGGAGACAACGUGCGCCAGGAGUUGGUAAAGAAGGUCGGUGAACUUCCUAAGAUGCUGAACGAAAUUUCCGGUACGGUAUCGGCGCUUAAGAAAGCAAUCGAGCUUUACAGUGCCUUUUUGGGUAAUGAAGAAUGCCUACCGGUUCUGCGGCAUGUGUCAACAUCUGGAAACACGACGGUGUACGAGUUCUUGUACUCCGAGCCACCGUUGUCGAUUGAAGAACCACCGGUGAAAUUUGACACAAAGGCGAAUGAGGUACCACAUACUGGGGAGAUAGACUUUGGAGAUGGCGGUGGCGUGGAUUUCGGUGAUGGUGAGAUUGAUUUUGGUGCAAUCGACGGGGGAGAAAUUAAUCUGGAAGUAGGCGAUAUUGAUUGGGGUGUACAAGAAGAGGUCGCACCCAAUGGUAAUGAUAUUGAUUUCAAUAUUUCUCUGGAGGAAAGUGGUAUCGUUGUUGAAGGCGAUGGCAAUGCUGGCGGAGCGGCCAAGGGCGAAGAAGCCUACAGUAUAUUCGAUUCACCCUCAUAUAGAGAAAGAUUUAUUAACGAGCUUUUGGAGCUGGAAGCGUUUUUGAAGAUGAGGCUGUACGAGUUAAGCACCGCCGAUAAACAUCAGAUUCUAUCGCUCACGAUGAUGAACAACUUUCCGGAUCAUGACGCAAAAAGUCUAACCGACAUGCUGUCGCAGGUCGACGUCGUCUAUAGUAAAAUUAAUAGCCAAUUGAUCCAGCACUUGCAUCAAAUUAAGCAUUCCGCGAAGUAUGUGGAUAUCCUUACCUCCAAGUUGAAGCAAAAACUGUUGGCCAUAGAUAAAAUGAAGGAUACCGAGAAGCUUAUGGGGGAGAAAUCGAUUUCUUUCCGACAACAAAGUGUAGAUAUGAAACCGACAUUGGCCAAGGUGAUCGAACAGACCAAGAUACUACAGGGACAGAUAGAGAAAGAUAUUUCCAAGCGCUACAAAAAUCGAGUGGUUAAUCUGAUCGGCGCAAACUUGUGAGCAAGAGUGGUAUAACAUCAAUAUUUGUUUUUUUUUCUUUGAAUGAUGACGUAUUAAAAUAUUGAAGUUGAUAAA